AUGUCUCGCAUGAUAUCAACACCAACAAAUACAACAACGAGCACAAUCCAGAAGAUCUACGACAUCUCCAGGGAUGUCUUUGCGGCGGCCACUCCAGGAUUUGUGCCACUACCAAGUGAUGUGGAACAUCUCACUAGGUCCCUCGAUAGCCUGAUGCUACAGGAUAUUGGCCUUGAUGCAAGCAUGUCAUGCUUUACAGCAAAUCCCCAAGACAAUCCCAAAGUGACAUAUAUACACUUUGCGGAAUCUCCAACACUCUCGUUUUGUGCCUUCUGCUUUCCGCAAUCUGCUGUGAUCCCACUCCAUGACCACCCUGGGAUGACUGUAUUCAGUAAGAUCCUUCUCGGUUCCAUGCACAUAAAGUCAUAUGACUGGGUCACAACUUUUGAUAGCAACGAGGUCACAAGAAUGCCGAAUGGUGCUCGUCUGGCCAAGUUGAACACCGAUGCCAUAUUUGAUGCCACAUCGAAGACUGUGGUGUUGUACCCAGAGGAUGGAGGGAACCUCCACUGUUUCAGUGCAGUGUCGCCUUGUGUGGUACUUGAUGUCAUGGGUCCUCCCUACCGCCCAGAAGAAGGAAGGGAUUGCUCCUACUACGGUGUGUCACGUGUUGCUUCUAGAUCUACAUAUGCUAGUGAUUUCUUCUUAUCCUUUUUCCAUAACUAA